AUGGCGUCCCCAAAAGUUGUUCUCAUCACCGGCGGCAAUAGUGGCGUCGGCUACGAGGCCGUCAAGAUCUUUCUGGAGGCCCACAAGCCCUACCACGUUCUUCUCGCGGCUCGUUCGCUGGAGAAGGCCACGGGCGCCGUGGAGAGCAUCAAGAAGGAAUGCCCAGGCGCGAAGAACACCGUUGAAGCGCUCGCUCUCGAUGUGACCAGUGACGAGUCGAUCAAGAAGGCCUUCGAGCAGGUCAAGGCCAAUCCAGGGCACGUCGACGCCCUCAUCAACAACGCGGGUACGCACCCCCCUCUAUCCUAUAACAUUCCACUAACAUUCCCAGGCGCCACCUUCGACCCGGAAUUCGUCGCCGGCAAUGUCUCUCUCCGUGACUGCUUCAACAAGGCCUACGACGUCAACGUGACCGGCGCGCACAUCACCAGCUGGACGUUCAUGCCGCUUCUGCUAAAGUCGGCCGACCCCCGCCUGCUCUUCGUGGCCGGUCUCUCCCAUAUGACGGUGGCAAACGAGGGCCCGUACUUCCCGACGCCGCCUCAGCCGGCCGGCUGGCCCAAGCAGAUCGACUUUGAGACCAUCGGAUACCGCUGCAGCAAGACGGCGCUUAACAUGCUGAUGCUGGACUGGAACCACAAGUUGAAGGCAGAUGGCGUCAAGGUCUGGGGUGUCGGGCCUGGCUUCCUGGCUACGAACCUGGGAAAUAUGAAGGAGAAGGUCAAGGGGAUGGGCGGUGGGCAUCCGAGCGAGGGCGGCGUGCUGUACAAGAAGGUUGUAGAAGGGGAGAGGGAUGAUCAAGUGGGCAAGAUCAUUGACAAGGACGGGCUUGUGCCAUUAUAA